GAUGAAAUUAUUAAUAUUUUAACAGCAGUGGACACAAAGCCAAGCGAUUGUCACCAGCUAAAGGUCAUCCAAUCAGGCGAGCGGAUACUAAGCAGUAAGCACUGCGGUGAUCCGGUUGGGACAUGACAAGUGCGGCCGCUUGGACCUCAACUCAACACAAGAUGGUGUUUUAGGCAUGCGGCGCCAUUAAAAAAUCCUAACUAUUUCACCAUUGAGCCUCACCUACCGGAGGAGGGACAUAAAAGCCAAAGGCGGCAUGAACAGGAGCAGAAUGCUAAUGUUUGCUAUGUCCGCUGCUGAUGUUGUGUAUGGGGCUGGAUGAGCAGCGUGUCGUCUGGAUGUGUCUUCACCGCAGGCCGGACGAGUCUGUCGGCUGAGCCCGGAGCGACUAAACACGCCGGUGGGGACCGCGAAGACCAAGCGGUGUUGUGAAAAACCAACAAAAAAAGUAUUCGGCUACAAAGCAGCCCUCUCUCCUACCUGCCUCACAUUUCUGUACAAGUGAGACACAACCGGCCUUCAAAGUGGAAACAAGACGAAGAGCAAAGAUGAAUGCUGUGCGCGGGGGCAAAAUCACCUGGCGCCCCCAGCCAUGGCAGGACGGGGACAGAGGAGGAGACCCUCUGUCGGACAGCGACUCAGAAGAAGAAGACUUUCCUGAUGACAGCACCACUCCUUUGGGAGACUACAUCACUCUUGGUUUGAAGCAGCUCCUGGAUGCUCAGCAGCUGUGCGACGUGACUCUACUUGUUGAGGGAAAGAAGUUCAUGUGUCACAGGGUGCUCCUAGCAGCGGUGAGUCCAUACUUUCGGGCCAUGUUCACCAGUCCUCUCGUGGAGUCUCGCCUCACCGAGAUCCGACUGGAAGAAGUGACGCCGUCUAUCAUGGAGACCGUCAUCCAGUUUGUGUACACCGGAGAGGCAGGGCUUUCUCUGGACACUGCUGAGGAUCUAUUUGUGGCCGCCAAUCGCCUUCAGGUCAUGCCCCUGCAGGACCUGUGCUCCAGGUUUCUGUUUGAGCACCUCUCAGUGGACAACUGUCUGGGUAUGUACUCUCUAGCCCGCUCUCACCACGACCAGCUGCUUCUCCGUGCCUCCCUCAGGCUGGUGGCCCAGCACUUCCCUCGUGUGUCCCGCCAUAAGGACUUCCUCCUGCUCGAUCACGGCACCUUAGGCAGCCUCCUGAGCUCCGACCGCUUGGGCGUGGACUCUGAGGCGCAGGUGUACGACGCCGCACGCCGAUGGGCUGAGCACAAGCCCUUGGAUCGCUACGUCCACAUGCCGACGCUGCUUCACCACCUGCGUCCGGGCCUGCUGUCCAAGGACGAGAGUCGGCGACUCAGCAAGGAGUUGGGCCCCGCGGCGGCCGGCGAGGGUCUUGGGGGCCCUCUGCGUCCAAGGGAGGGGAUGUUCGAGAAGAAAAUAGUGUGCAUGGACCUGACGCCAAGAGACGAUGAGAAUUUAGUUGCACAAGAUUACACUGUGGACUGCUUUGAUCCUCGGACAGGGAAGUGGGAUAAGCUCGCGGCUUUGGACUCACUGGCAAGUCCUGGCUGCGCGGCUGUAGGCAACAGACUGUUUGUCGCUGGAGGCAUUCUGGGGACGGGCUCCGUGUCGGCUGCUGUCCAUGAGUACGAUGCCGUGUUGAACCGCUGGAUAGAGCAUCCUUCAAUGGGCCAACCUCGCUGUAUGUUGGGCCUACUGGGCUGUGGAGAGUUGCUCUUUGCUUUGGGCGGAAGCAAUCGCUCAGCACUUCUGGACUCCAGCGAGAUGCUGGAGCUGGCGACUCUUAAAUGGGCACCUGGUCCUCGGUUACCAGUCCCUCUGCGGGCUUUUGCCUGCGCAGCCCUGAGGAGACGACUCUACCUUUUAGGUGGGACCACGCUCGAACAAAACCGCGCCGUGGUCCACUCGGGUGUUCUUAUAUAUCACACCCUGACAGACUGCUGGACUCGUGUGGCUCUGGACUCGGGCGCUACAUGCCUCGCCGGUGGUGUGGCGGUGCGUGGAGGAAUCUGUGCUAUCGGGGGCUACAUGAGGGACACCAGCAAGUUCCUGGAUGGAAACUACACCAAUUUGGAUGCUUUAGACGCUACCGGUCGCGUGCUGUUUUUCCGGGAGGGAAGGGCGUUCGGCGUGGAGCGGGAGGUGACCCACGGAGGAGUGGCGGUUUCUGCAGAACAGCGGGGCGGAGCAGGCGGGGGCAGCGACAGAGCUCCUAGCCCCGUGGUUUUCCCAGGGCUGCCGCGGCGGAUCGCGGCCGGCGGUGUGGCCCGGUGGAGACGGAGGAUUUACGUUCUGGGGGGGGAAAACGGCUCCCGGUUCUACGACAGCGUGUACUGUUGGAAACCCGGCUGGCGCAGCUGGGUGCAGAGACGCGAGAAGCUCCCCGGAGACACGGGCGGGGUCAGCCGCUUUGGAUGCACCACGCUAAAGUUCCCGAAGAAACACAUCCUGUACAGACUGAGAAGAGCCAAAGAAAGCCGCGUUGUGGACAAGUAACAAGUUGAGCACCCGAGAUGCGCUCAGGGGUGUCAACGUUACAUGCGAGAUGGAUUCAAAUGGGUCCAGAUCGAACGUCUCGAUUAGGUUUUUACCCGAACUGAAUGUCCUCUCAUCAUGAAGCCAUUGGAUAGAAGCUUUUAGAGGUGACAGAAAGCUUCAACCUGCUGGAUAAUUAUGUUGCAAGAAAAUGUACUUGAAUUCGCCUUUUGGAAACUUGAAUAGCCCGUUGCAAAGUAGUACUGUGUACUAUUACAUGUAGUACAAGUAUGAAUUCAAAUUUUAGCUUUUUUCCCUCUUAUUUAUAAUGUUCAUCUUACAACAAGGGCUUCAAAGUAUUAAUGGAGUUAAUUCCCGACUGUCCCCACCGUUUAUAGUCCCAACACUUUAGUGUGGCUGGAGUGAAUGAUGUGAAGUAUUUCCUUUUCAAUGUCAUUUGUUAAUGAUUUGUUUUUUUCUGAGAGGCUAAACUUAAAUAAAAAUAAAAAAAAUGAACGGCAUCUCGGUGUGACGAUGUUAUCGCUCAUAAAUAAGCAGUUAGCCCCAAAAUACAUAGUUAUUUGGUUCAAAACCCAGUGGUUCUCAAACUUUCACCAAGUACUCUGUUCCACCAUAAUGACCGACAUUAAAAUACAGUAGCAUAGUAGGCUUAAGUCAUACUUGCCAACCUUGAGACUUCCGAUUUCGGGUGGUCGGGGUUGGGGCGUGGUUGGGGCGGAGGGCAUGGUUAAGAGGAGUAUAUUUACAGCAAAUAUUUGUAUAAUGGCUGUAAUUAAUAUAUAUAUAUAUAUAUAUUAAUAUAUAUGUAUAUAUUUAUAUAUAAUUAAUAUAUAUUUAUAUAAUUAAUAUAUAUAUAUGUAUGAAAUACUUAACUUUCAAUUAAUUCUAGCUAUAUAUAUUUCAUUACAUAUAUAAAUAAAAUAAAUAGUUGAAUUUCAGAUGGCACCUAUCAAAUACACAGUAAUAAAAACACAGUUCUACUAACUGUACUGUGCUUGCUGGGUACUAAAAAACAACACGUACCUUUCACUAUUUGAGUAACGUCACUUCCGAGUUUCCAGAAGAUGGCACUAGUAUGUGCUUUACCCUGGCGUCUCUCGCUGUCAGCUCUGUUCAUUCAUCUCCUCUCCCCCACCACCUGCGGGCUGUGUGUCAGGCCCGACCUGGAUUAGCUGCGCCCUUGGACGUGCUGGCCCCCGCCAGGUUCAGUCUUGUGAACGCAAAAUCUUUGACAAACAACGUUUAUCCUGAAGGAUUUCUUUACUUCCCGCGGGCGGCGGCAUUGACUUCCUCUGUGUGAUGGAAACAUGGCUGAGAGCCGGUGAGUCCGCCCCUCUUAAUGAACUUCUGCCUCAGGAGUGUUCCUACUUUAAUUCUCCGCGGUCAUCCGGUCAAAAAGGAGGAGGAUUAGCAGUCGAUUUUAAAAAUGACUUUAAAUGCCGUCAGAUCCGCCUGCAAUCCUCCUUUUCAAGCUUUGAACUGUGCAUGUUUGAGCUGGAGGGGGCGUGGCUUCCAGCUCCAGAUGAAUUUCGGGAGAAAAUUUCUUCCGGGACGUUUUCGGGAGAGGCGCUGAAUUUUGGGAGUCUCCCGGAAAAUCCGGGAGGGUUGGCAAGUUUGGCCUAAGUAUUGAUUAAAAACAAGGCAACGGUUUUGUUUAACAAGUGUAUGCAAUAUUUUCGGCCACUGUAAUAUUACACACAAAGUGAAGUAUUUCCUCUUUAAUGUCAUUUGUUAAUGAUUAUUUUUUUCUGAGGCUAAACUUAUAAAAAAUUAACGGUGUGACGAUGUUAUCCCCCCUAAAUAAGCAGUAAGCCCCAAAAUACAUAGUUAUUUGGUUCAAAACCCAGUGUUUCUCAAACAUUUUUCACCACGUAUUCCCGGAGAAAACCUUUUGGCUUUCCAAGUAUCACCAUAAUGACCAACAUUAAAGUACAGUAGGGUAGUAGGCCUAAGUAAUCAUUAAAAACAAGGCAAAGGUUUUGUUUAACAUGUGUAUGCAAUACACAAUGCACAAACAUUAACAGUGAUAAUCCAUAUGCAGUAAAUAUUUACAGACUAAUUUGGCGUACCACCGUUUGAGAAUCACUGAAUAGACUAAUCACAUUAGCUGUCUUACUUAAAGCAGUCCAGCCUCGGCAUUACCUAAAUAGAACCUUCCUAGGCAAACUAUUCUAACGGUUAUUAUUUCAUAUGCGUGUUUACAUAGCACCUAGAGUCGUAAUAUUUUUUAUUCCUACUAGAGACAUGUGAAUGUAUACAAGAUGCAAGAUAUUCAAAUAUAACAAUUGCACCUUUUUCUUUUUUGGAAGGCUUUUGUCGUUUUUGCUACACGGGCCAUAAACCCAGUCUAGACAACCCAAGACGGUGGCACCAACUGAUAGGUCUGAUUGUUGUAAAAAAACAAAUAUUUGAUUUUGAUUCUUGAGCUGAAGAUAGGUCUGAUUGUUGUAAAAAAACAAAUAUUUGAUUUUGAUUCUUGAGCUGAAAAUUACACAUCAAAGUGGCAAAGACUAUUAAAGUAAAGGGGUAAUUUUGACAAAAUUCAUCCAUUUCAGUGCAGGAAUUAAUUAUGCUGAGUGGAAAGCGUUACGGGCAGCACAGUGAAGGAGGGGUUAGUGCGUCUGCCUCACAAUACGAAGGUCCUGGGUUUGAUCCCGCACUUUUCUGUGUGGAGUUUGCAUGUCCUCCCCGUCACUGCGUGGGUUUUCUCCGGGUACUCCGGCUUCCUCCCACCUCCAAAUACAUGCACCUGGGGAUAGGUUAAUUGGCAACACUAAAUUCGCCAUAGAGUGUGAAUAUUGUCUGUCUGUGUUGGCCCUGUCAUGAGAUGGCGACUUGUCCAGGGUGUACACCGCCUUCUGCCCGAAUGCAGUCAGUCAAUCAAUCAAUCAAUGUUUAUUUAUAUAUGCCUGAAUCACAAGUGUCUCAAAGGGCUGCACAAGCCACAACAACAUCCGCGGUACAGAGCCCACAUAGGGGCAAGGAAAAAACUCACCCAAGUGGGAGUCGUUGACAAUGACUAUGAGAAACCUUGGAGAGGACCGCAUAUGUGGAGAGACCGAAAGCAAUGGAUGUCGAGCGGGUCUAACAUGAUAUUGUGAAAGUCCAGUCCAUAGUGGAUCUAACAUAACAGUGAGAAUGCAGCUGAGAUAGGCUCCAGGGACACCCCCCCCCCCCCCCAAAAAAGGGACAAGCGGUAGGAAAUGGAUGGAUGGGUAUUGAUAAGCACAAAAAUUUGUGAGGAAAAAGUCUAAUCCAAGCAGGUCCGCCCAUCUUCAGUUGAAUUGUCUGGAGUGACUUAACUGCGGACAAGUCUAGUGUAGUGAUUCCCAAACACAAAAGUACCGCCUCAGAAAACUAGGACCAGCAUCAAAAUACAGUAGCACAGUAGGCUUAAGUAUUCAUUAAAAAUAACAUUAUUUUGGCGUUGCCAACAGUCGUCUGAUUGUGACAACUUCCAUUGAAGGCUGAUAAACUUUAACAUCUCGAGUCAAGUCAUUACAAUAUUUAGUUACGUGAUUUUUUAUUUUUUUGGGGAACAUCUCGACUUUCACCCUCUCACCCACCUUUAUCAAAGUUCUGGCGCUCGCAACCGUCUUUGACCACACGCUGGCUCAGUUUGCAGCCGUACUCAAUUUAAUUUUUCUCUCUUUUUUUAAUUUUUUUAAAGCACAGACGUGGUGUUUUGAUUGAUUGAUUGAUUGAGACUUUUAUUAGUAGAUUGCACAGUUCAGUACAUAUUCCGUACAAUUGACCACUAAAUGGUAACACCCGAAUAAGUUUUUCAACUUGUUUAAGUCAGGGUCCACGUUAAUCAAUUCAUGUUAACGAAUGUAACGAGUGAUGAUGCCAUAAAGAUGCGACAGAGCAAUAUUUCAAACACUUUUCCCAAAUGUCAAAAUGUCACUUUCUUGUGCGCUUUCCAGACAGAAUCCCAAAAUUUGAACCUGAUAAAAUGUCAUCAACAUUUUUCAAGGGAUGACUUAAGUCAGGGGUCACCAACCUUUUUGAAACCAAGAACUACUUCUUGGGUACUGAUUAAUGCGAAGGGCCACCAGUUUGAUACACACUUAAAUAGAUUGCCAGAAAUAGCCAAUUUGCUCAAUUUACCUUUUAGUAAAUAAAUAUAUAUAUAUAUAUAUAAAAUGGGUAUUUCUGUCUGUCAUUCCGUCGUACAUUAUUGUUCCUUUUACGGUAGGUUUUUUUGUAGAGAAUAAAUGAUGAAAAAACACUUAAUUGAACGGUUUAAAAGAGGAGAAAACACGAAAAAAAAAAAAAAAAUUAAAUUUUGAAACAUAGUUUAUCUUCAAUUUCGACUCUUUAAAAUUCAAAAUUCAACCGAAAAAAAUGAAGAGAAAAACUAGCUAAUUGGAAUCUUUUGGAAAAAAUUUAAAAAAGAAUUUAUGGAACAUCAUUAAUUUUUCCUGAUUAAGAUUAAUUUUAGAAUUUUGAUGACAUGUUUUAAAUAGGUUAAAAUCCAAUCUGUACUUUGUUAGAAUAUAUAACAAAUUGGACCAAGUUAUAUUUCUAACAAAGACAAAUCAUUAUUUCUUCUAGAUUUUCCAUAACAAACAUUUUGAAAUAAAUUCAAAAGACUUUGAAAUAAGAUUUAAAUUUGAUUCAACAGAUUUUCUAGAUUUGCCAGAAUAAUUUUUUUGAAUAUUCUUCGUCGAAAAAACAGAAGUUAAAAUAAAGAAUUAAAUUGAAAUGUAUUUAUUAUUCUUUACAAUAAAACAAAUAAAUGUACUUGAACAUUGAUUUAAAUUGUCAGAAAAGAAGUGGAAGGGAUUUAAAAGGUAUAUGUGUUUAAAAAUCCCAAAAUCAUUUUUAAGGUUGUAUUUUUUCUCUAUAACUAAAAAGUAAAAAAAUAAAUGAAAAAGUAAAAAAAAAUAAAUGAAUUUAUUUAAACAAGUGAAGACCAAGUCUUUAAAAUAUUUUCUUGGAUUUUCUAAUUCUAUUUGAGUUUUGUUUCUCUUAGAAUUAAAAAUAUCGAGCAAAGCGAGACCAGCUUGCUAGUAAAUAAAUAACAUGUAAAAAAUAGAGGCAGCUCACUGGUAAGUGCUGCUAUUUGAGCGAUUUUUAGAACAGGCCUUACGGGCUACCUGGUGCCCGCGGGCACCGUGUUGGUGAUCCCCGACUUAAGUGAAAGAGAAAGCAACAGCAAUAUUAAGUGAAGUGAAUGACAAUGUUUAUUUUACACUCUCGUGCUACGAUAGCAAGAAGUGAAAGUUUGAAGCGAUACGUUCAUUACUACACAUUAGUUGUUGUAUCCACUCGUUAGAUAUAGCUGAAGGUUUUUUUAAUAGGCACAACUGUAGAUUCAUGCUCAUUUCUAUGAAAGUUGUAGGCCAACUAGUUUGAUUUGCAGUGGGAUCAACAUGGUUCAACUUACAGAAAAUUGAUGUCAUGCCAUUUUAAAGUGUGUAAAUGCAUUUUUGUGUGUGUAUACUAGUUGCUGUAUGCGUGAAAUGUGCAAGUUUUUCUAUGCCGGGUAAUAAAUCUGCCAACCACAAGCUCUUUACACGGCAUACACACACCAAGAAUGCGCUCUUUGACAUCAAUAAAGUUUGUGAAUUGCUCAAGGAUCAAAUGAAAUAUUUAUAAUUU